AUGGCUCAAAACCAUUCCCACUCUAGUAGGGGAAGACAUGUUUCGUCUCACGAAAAUGGUGUCGUUCCUCAUGAAAGAUACCAAAAGUUAAAGCGUAGGGUUUGUGACAUGCAAACUGAUCUUGAUAAAGUUUCAAAAGAACUUGAUAAAGUCUCCAAAGAACUCGACAGGUCACGUAAACGGAUCAAAUCCCUUAAAAGAGAAAAAGAGUUGUUGUUGGAUCGUAUCAGCCGGUAUGUGACUGACUCUUCUGAUUCUGAAAAAUCAAUUGAACUCUCAUCCGAGGCUUCAUCAGAUUCUGAUGCAUCUUCGGCUCAACAAUCUAGAGCGUCAUCUAUCAUGCGUCAGAUAAAAAAACCUCGCGGGCGUAUUUCAAAUAAAAAAUCUUCUCCUCCCACGCCCGCAAAUAAUAUUGUGAAUACCGUUCCCAUCCCCCAUUCUUCUGGGAAGGUUACAAAGAAGCGUGCUAGUAAACGUCCACUCAAUGCUAAAACCAUGAAAGUCCAACAUGUUGAAAAGGAUGAUGAAGGAAGGUAUAAACUUCCUGUUCAAAUUGGUAUAUUGACCGUAUUGAGUCUUGGUACCGUCGUUUUUGAACGUGAUACUUUUCACAAUGAAAGAUACAUUUGGCCUGUUGGUUAUGCCGUUAAAAGCAUGAUUAAUGCUGAUAGUCAAACAAUGUAUGUCUGUAGAAUUGAAGAUGGUGGUGAAGGUCCAAAAUUUGUCAUAGAAGCUGAAGACCAACCUGAUAAACCUAUCAUAGCGAAUACGGCGACCGGUGCUUGGACUUCGGUCGUUCGUGAAGCUAAUGCUAUUCGUCAUCGUGAUCACUCUAACUCUGCUUCUGGUCCUGACUAUUUUGGCUUUUCACAGGCAACUAUUAGAAAAAUGAUACAAGAUUUACCUAAUGCUAGCAAGUGUAAAAAUUAUGUGGAACAACAUUUUGAAGUCAUGAAGACAAGGAAUGGUGGUGGCAGACGUAGGGGCACUGGUGCUCGUACCACUACUAAUGGUAGAGCGAAUGGUGCCGUUGAGUCUCCAGUUUCCACCGCUCCUCAAAUAACUGAAGAAAAUGGUGUCGAAUCAAAUAGUAGCAAUGGUGAUGGUGAUGUUGCUAUGUCUAAUUCUGGUGAAGGAGAACUGGAAAGUGAAGAGUAA